AUCUGUAUCACACAACUCACAAAGGCGCGCCCAAACACGGUGGAUCUUAGCUUUAAGCAAAAACAACUUUAAAUAAAUAAAUAAAAAUAAAAACAGUGAAAAAUAGAAUAAAACUACGGCGUAUCCAAUUCAAUCCAAAGUCCCUUUCAAACUCAGUCUACCGUUCGAAGAAAAAAACAAGCAAAAACAAGUGUUUUUUUUCCUUCACAGAUCUGAGAUCCAAAAGCCUCUCAUUCUUCCUCUAAGUGUAAAGAAUUAUAUCAAAGAUAUUAUUAUAAGAGAGUAAAAGCAAGCAAACAUGUCAAGAAGGCAAGUAAGUUCCACGCGCCGCUUUGUUGACAGCGGAAACUUCCCGUUCUCUGGUGCUUUACAUUCUAAAUCCCGAUCUUCUCCUAUUUUAUCUAUCGCUCUUGUCGUUGUGGGAGCUAUCCUUCUCAUUGGCUAUGCCUAUAGUGGUUCAGGUAAAUUCCGAGGUGAAGCGGUUAGUCGGAUCGAAGGUGACUAUACAUGCAGUCUAGAAGUUCAGAGGGCAAUACCAUUUUUGAAGAAGGCAUAUGGGGACCGCAUGCACAAGGUUUUGCAUGUAGGACCUGAUACCUGUUCAGUUGUCUCCAAACUUUUGAAAGAAGAGGAUACUGAAGCCUGGGGUGUGGAACCAUAUGAUAUAGAGGAUGUUGAAGAAAGUUGCAAGAGUCUCGUGGGCAAAGGGAUUGUACGUGUGGCAGAUAUCAAGUACCCUCUUCCCUAUAGGCCAAAGUCUUUUUCUCUUGUUAUUGUGUCGGAUGCCCUUGAUUACUUGUCUUCAAAAUACCUGAACAAGACUCUGCCUGAGUUGGCCAGGGUUGCCUCUGAUGGUCUCAUUAUUUUUGCAGGUACCCCUGGUCAUCAGAAGGCUAAAGUGGCAGAACUAUCGAAAUUCGGCCGUCCAGCUAAAAUGCGGAGUUCCUCUUGGUGGAUUCGUUUUUUUGACCAAAGUAGUUUAAAAGAAAACGAAACUGCGGUGAAGAAGUUUGAGCAGGCUACAUCAAAGAGUUCAUACCUGCCAGCAUGUCAAGUAUUCCACCUAAAUCCAUACCACUGAUACAAAGAGAAAAGUCAUCAAGAUCAAAUUUCCAUUAUUUUUAUUGUCAUAUGCAUUGACGGUGAAGUAAAAAUAUCUUCAGCUCUCAUACAACAUGUAACUCUGUUGGGGAACUAAAUUUGGUAAAAGAGAUGUUGGUAUCAAUGGGUUAAUGCCCUUAACAUUACAGGUUUGAUAUUUAUUAAUUCAAUCGAUGGGGAAAAUUACACCUAUUUGUUGUGGACAUGGAUUUAUUUAGUUAUAUUGUUUUCUGAAUGUGGAAGUAAA